AUGAACAAUUCUUCAGUGAACUUCACCUCGCCUGAAUCAUCUACAAACUCCACAACUCAGUUCAUCGGGCUGGGUGAAAGUCUGGAAAUCUAUAUGCACUGCAUCAAUUUCCUGGUUGGUCUUCCUACACACUCCUACAUGGUAUGGCUCAUCAUCACAGGAACAGGAAGUGGAGUCGCAUCAGAGUUCUUCCUCCUCAAUCUCUCUGUUUGUGAGAUUGUCAACUGUCUGAAUAGUUUGUCUCGUAUACUUAUUAGAUUUAUUUGGUUUUCAUACCUCACAAUAUUAUCAGAGUUUUUGUUAGGACAUGUCAUCACUGGUCGUCCUCUGUUUCAGUGUCUGAUCUGUGUUGAGUAUUUCCUGGCAGUGGUUCAUCCUGUAACCUUUCUGAAAUUCAAAACUCUAAGAAAAAGAGUGAUCUGCUGCACUGUGGUCUGGAUAAUCACUCUUGGCUCCUGUUUCUACUGCAUGUGCAAAGUCUCAGAUUAUAUUUCUGAAGUGUUAUUCUUACUGCAGUUCCUACUUUUCUUCUCCAUCCAGUUGUUUUGUCUUGUGGCUGUUCUCAGAGCUCUGAAGCAGUCAGGACCAGGAGAGAGAGGGAGAGAGAGAAAAGAGGAAAACCACAUGAAGAGAAGAGCAUUUCAUCUUAUUUCAAUAACUAUUGUGAGCAUUAUUAUUAUCUAUGCUCCCCUGUUCUUUAUCUGA